CUUUCCCACAGCUUCCCGGCUAUCUGUGGUGGCUUCUGGUUCGGCAGGGGCUCCUGCCUUAGGAAGGGUCCCUGGCUCUACUGCCAUGGAAAUUGCCAUUCUAAGAAAAAAAAAGUCACAAUACCAUCCUUGUAUUUUGAAUUCCUGAAUUUAAAUUUGGAUGUAAACAUUUAAUAUGGGAGUUGUCCAUCCAUCAUGUUGCAUCACCAGUGGUGGCUGAGCUGAGAUUCCUGCAUCUUGGGGAGAGCAUGUAUAAAAGGGAUGGCCUCAUGGCCAAUGUGACGGUGACCUCCGCCACUCCAGAGGGUAGUAGCAGCUCUGACUCUCUGGAGGGACGGAGCUCGGACUAUGCCAAUAAAAGCUAUGAUGCGGUUGUAUUUGACGUAUUGAAAGUAACUCCUGAGGAGUUUGCUAGCCAGAUUACAUUAAUGGAUAUGCCAGUAUUUAAAGCUAUACAGCCAGAGGAACUAGCAAGCUGUGGAUGGAAUAAGAAAGAGAAACACAUCCUCGCCCCUAAUAUUGUUGCCUUUACCAGAAGGUUUAACCAGGUUAGUUUCUGGGUUGUACGAGAAAUUUUAACAGCACAAACCUUAAAAAUAAGGGCAGAAAUAUUGAGCCAUUUUGUGAAAAUAGCUAAGAAACUUCUAGAACUGAACAACCUUCACUCCCUCAUGUCUGUGGUAUCUGCAUUACAAAGUGCACCUAUUUUCAGGCUGACAAAAACCUGGGCUCUUCUGAAUCGCAAAGACAAGGCCACCUUUGAGAAGUUGGACUACUUACUGUCUAAGGAAGAUAAUUAUAAGAGGACACGGGAAUACAUCAGAAGCUUAAAGAUGGUCCCUACUAUUCCCUAUUUAGGAAUUUAUCUCUUGGACUUAAUCUAUAUUGAUUCUGCAUAUCCUGCCUCAGGCAGCAUCAUGGAGAAUGAACAAAGAUCCAAUCAAAUGAACAAUAUCCUUCGAAUAAUAGCUGAUUUGCAAGUCUCCUGUAACUAUGAUCACCUCACAACAUUACCCCAUGUGCAAAAGUAUUUAAAGUCUGUUCGCUACAUUGAAGAACUUCAAAAGUUUGUUGAAGAUGACAACUACAAAUUAUCCUUAAGAAUUGAGCCAGGAAACAGUUCUCCUCGUCUGGUCUCCUCCAAGGAAGAUCUUGCAGGUACAAAAAGCGAUUGUGAAUGUUUGCUUGUGAGCAUUAUAUCUGCCGUUACACAAAUCUUUUCCUGUAGUUUGUGAAAUUGGA